UCAGCCCCUCAUGCAGUCAUGUUGUUUUGAGUUUGGAGGUUGGUGAUAUGGUUUUUACGCUGUCCAGCUGAAGAUCGUGAGACCGGGCAAGAGAAAUCGAGACAUUGUUGCUGCCAACACCGACAACCAAGCACCAACAACGCGGGGCGUGACCGGUGUCGCCGGUUCCGAGUGCAGUAGGGAUGUUCACACACCUGACUAAAAUCAAGCAGCGAGCCAAGGGCAUGAUGUCAAAACGAAACAGUGUGACGAGUCUAUUUUUGUCCGCAGAAUCAAGUCCCGGCCGCUACCAUGUGCAGAAGCCGUCUCCGUCGGGAGAUGGGCUCCCCAACGGCGCCGAGUAUCGACCAACACCAGGUUUUACUCGGGCUGAAUCGGGAGGGAGGGAAGUCGAGAGCAAGUGGUGGGGAAAAUCUAGAUCGGAUCCGACUGCGCCGAGUUCCCCCGCAUUCGGGAUUGUUUCAGAUAUCGACAGAGCGCACAGCCCGAUGCCAAAAUCUGGCUGCCUGGUGUGGCUGCUCUCACCCACACUGCUCCAGAGGACCAAGGCUCGAGCAAGGGCGACAAGGGAAAAGGGCAGGUGGGGGCCGGCAUUGAGGGCCAAAGUCCCCUGGCUCCGAUCCUCGCGUGGCAGCGCCCGCAGCCGGGAUGUGGUCGAUCUCGCGCAACGGCCCAAUGGGUGGGCGUAUUUUGCCCACUUGUACCCGUUGCCCACCUUCGCAGUCGCCCCCUCCCCCCACCCCGCACCAAAGUUGGUUAACUCGGUGCCUGCGGCUAAUCUGCAAAGAAGUGCAAGGGCACUGUGGCUUAAACAACCGCCAACAAGCGCAGCCUACCCGGGGAAGAUGUGCCUGACGAAUGGGAGGGCUCGGAUUCCGGUGUGGAAGUGCGGGCUGUGUUGAGUGAGCUGAGGUGCAGCCUCUCGCCCCCAACCUCACAAUAUCGUAUACUGAAAAAAGGUUAAAGUCUUAUGCUCGUUCUCGUUUACCCUGAGCGGGAAGGACCUGUCCCUGCUUCUCCAUGCCGGACGUGGGAGUGUCCCGCAUCCGCUCAGCGUCGGAUCUGAACAGUGAGUGUGAUACUGCUUGAUCGGUCGGUCUGCCCGUG